CCUCGGGGAAAGGGAAAGGACGGGACCUUGAAUUGCUGCCUCUGGCCUUUAAUUUUUCUGCUGACAGGGCUUAGUCACUGUUUCUUCGUUUUUCGUGUGUUGCACGCAUCCCGCUCCCCCCAUUUGCUUUCCCACCCCUUGGAUCCAGCCCUCGGGGCAGUCACGCCAGUUCAGUCACCCCGCCGUGAGCCCCCUCCUGGUCCCGGGCGGGCCUCGCACGGAGGCGGUAACUAUGGAGAAUAUGGCGGAGGAGGAGCUGCUACCCCUGGCGAAGGCGGAGGUGGAGGUGGCUCAGGUCCAGGUCCCGACCCCGGCUCCGGACGCGGCUCAGGUCCCAGCUCCGGCCCCGACCUCGGCCUCGGCUCCGGCCCCAGCUUCUGCUCCAGGCUCGGCCCCGACUCCGGCCUCGGCUCCAGCCCCAGCCCCCGCCCUGGCCCAGGCUCCGGCCCUGUCCCCGUCCCUAGCCUCUGCCCCUGAGGAGACUGAAAGCAAUUGUCUAAUUAGCCCUUUGAAAUCAGUCAUAACUAUGCAAGAUGAAGAUCGCAUAUCUGAAAUAGACUUGAAAAUUGAGGAAAAAGCAACAAAGGAAGCUAUAAAAGAACCUCCUGGCAUCUUGGACUCAUCUGAUUUAGCAAGAGAGAGACACAUCUCAAUUCAAAGGCAGCUUGCUGAUCUGGAGAAGUUGGCAUUUGUGAGUGAACGGGAUUUUGACUCUGCCAGUUCCUUAAACUCAGAUAAUCUUGAUACAGGAAACAAACAGGCUUGUCCAUUGUGCCCUAAGGAAAAAUUAAGAGCUUGUAAUAGUCAUAAACUUCGUCGUCAUCUUCAAAACUUACACUGGAAAGUCUCAGUUGAAUUCGAAGGUUACAGGAUGUGCAUCUGCCACUUACCUUGUCGGCCAGUAAAACCAAGCGUUAUUGGAGAACAGAUAUCCAGUAAAAUGGGCGCCCAUUAUCAUUGUAUCAUUUGUUCAGCAACAAUCACUCGAAGGACAGAUAUGCUAGGACAUGUUAGACGCCAUGUGAAUAAAGGAGAGACCCAGUCCAGGUAUAUUGCUGCUUCUGCUGCUAAACCACCUAAUGAAAUUUUGAAAGAGGCAGACACAGAUAUACAAGUUUGUCCUAACUAUUCUAUACCUCAGAAAACAGAUUCUUAUUUUAAUCCCAAAAUGAAACUAAAUCGACAGCUAAUAUUCUGUACAUUGGCUGCUUUGGCUGAGGAACGAAAACCUCUGGAAUGUCUAGAUGCCUUUGGAGCCACUGGGAUAAUGGGAUUACAGUGGGCGAAGCAUCUCGGCAAUGCGGUAAAGGUUACAAUUAACGACCUGAAUGAAAACUCUGUGACACUGAUUCAGGAAAACUGCCAUUUAAACAAACUGAAAGUAGUGGUGGAUAGUAAGGAAAAGGCAGAGGGUGACGACGGUCUUGAAGAAGGAGAGGAGCACCUUGGCGACGUUAAGGUGACCAAGAUGGACGCCAACGUGCUGAUGCAUUUGAGGUCUUUUGACUUCAUACACCUGGAUCCUUUCGGAACAUCAGUGAACUAUCUAGAUUCUGCUUUCAGAAAUAUAAGAAACCUUGGCAUAGUCUCAGUGACUUCUACGGAUAUCAGUUCUUUAUAUGCCAAGGCGCAACAUGUUGCCCGGCGUCACUACGGCUGUAACAUUGUCCGAACUGAAUAUUACAAGGAACUAGCAGCCAGGAUUGUUGUAGCUGCAGUGGCAAGAGCUGCAGCCCGAUGUAACAAAGGCAUAGAAGUACUAUUUGCAGUGGCUUUGGAACAUUUUGUGUUGGUCGUUGUGAGAGUUUUGAGGGGACCUACCUCAGCAGAUGAAACAGCCAAGAAGAUUCAGUACCUGAUCCAUUGUCAGUGGUGUGAAGAGAGAAUUUUUCAGAAGGAUGGUAAUAUGGUAGAAGAAAACCCAUACAGACAGCUACCCUGUAACUGUCACGGAAGCAUGCCUGGAAAGACAGCAAUAGAACUUGGACCUCUUUGGUCAAGUUCCCUAUUUAAUACUGGAUUCCUCAAAAGAAUGUUAUUUGAAUCUCUUCACCAUGGUUUAGAUGACAUUCAGACGCUAAUAAAGACAUUAAUCUUUGAAUCAGAGUGUACUCCUCAAAGUCAGUUUUCACUUCAUCCAUCUUCAAAUCUCAACAAGCAAGAAGAAUCUGGUGUACAUACUAAAACUACAGAUGAUACCACAACAGAUAAUUACAUUGCGCAAGGAAAGAGAAAAAGUAAUGAAAUGAUCACAAAUUUAGCCAAGAGACAAAAAGCUGAUACCAGCACUGAACAUCCGCCCUUUUAUUACAACAUCCACAGACACAGCAUUAAAGGAAUGAAUAUGCCAAAGUUAAAAAAGUUUUUGUGCUAUCUUUCUCAAGCAGGCUUUCGAGUAAGCCGAACUCAUUUUGACCCAAUGGGUGUUCGUACAGACGCACCUCUGAUGCAGUUUAAAUCUAUCCUUUUAAAGUACAGCACCCCAACCUACACUGGAGGACAGUCAGAGGGCCAAGUCCAGUCAGCACCUGAAGAUACAGUCGCUGACAGAGUUGAAAUCUCAGUGAAUGAAAAAGCAGAAGCAAGCAGCUGCAGAAGAUGGUAAAUGUAGAGAGGAGUGCAUUCGCAGAUGUCGACAUAGAUGGCCUGCUAGUUCUCUAUGCCAACUGUAUUUCUUUUUCUAGACUUCCAAUUCAGUAGUGUAAAAAUAAAAACAGUGCUGUUUUCAUUCAGCAAAUUAGCAGUUUCUGAUUUAGCUGGUUUGGGAGCUGUGCUUUCCAGGUUUUUCUUAUUUUAAAGAAAAAUUUUAAUGAAAACAUUUCAUAUGUAAAACCAGGUUUCUGACUGAGAUCACCCUACUGUUUAAUAACUCAGAAAAUUUUCACAUGCAAAGUGUUUGGAAUUUUAUGUUAUAGAAGCCAUCUUUUACUAUUCUAAAUCACACCUCUACUUAACACUGAUUUAUUAUUUUUACAUUUUUCUAUUUGUAUAUGAAAUAAAGCCAGAAGCCUUUUAAAUAUUAAAAUGACCCUAAACCAUAAACCCUGGUGGCGUAGUGGUUAAGUGCUACGGCUGCUAACCAAAGGGUCAGCAGUUCAAAUCCACCAGCUGCUCCUUGGAAAUUCUGUGGGGCAGUUCUACUCUGUCCUGUAGGGUCGCUAUGAGUCGGAAUCGACGGCACUGGGUUUGGUUUUUUUUGGUUAAAUAGAUAACCAUAUUCUACCAGGUGACUUAUAUACGUCUUACAGUUACAUUAAAAUGUGUUCCAGUUUUAGGAAAUCACACCUCUGUCCACAUUGAUCUUUAUUACUUUUUUUUUCAUCACUCAAUUUUGAGAAAUUAAAUACCUACCUGAUAGAAGUAAAUUUUUCUUAUGAGUUUAAGGUAGAGUAAGAUUUUGUCAAAGUAGAGACCGUCGUUCUAAGGUAACUGUUCAUAACACUGAAAUUCUGAAGAGGGGAGAUUCUGUAAUAAAUUAAACAGGUUGGGUGAUCUCAAGUGCCUCAGUUAAUGCGCGUGAAGCAUUCAUUUGCUUGGUUGUGCUACCUCUCAGAAGUAAAACUUGUCACUUUAUGAAGUGAGGUUUUUUUUGUUUGGUUUUGUGUGUGUGCAUGCGCACGUGUGUUAAUUUUUUUUUUUAUAAGCAGCCCGAGCUAACAUGACUAAAAAUUAGUUGAAGACAAUGUCUUGUUUCUAUUAAUAAAUAUCAUUGUUGCUUUGUUUGAAUAUAUUUUGGAUGAAAGGAUUUAGACUAAAGUUUAGGUUUUUGCCUCAAGGGUUUGAUCCAUGUUUACACUGGGGUAUUUCUUAGAGGAAGCAAUUUUUUACAACCAUUAAGCUUGUAGGGGGAGCCCUGGUGGCUCAGUGACUAAGACCUCAGCUGCUAACCAAAAGGUCAGCAGUCUGAAUCCUCCAACCACUCCUUGGAAACUCAAUAGAGCAGUUUUGCUCUGUCCUUUAGGGUCAUUAUGAGUCAGAAUCGACUCAACAGCAAUGGGUUUGAUCUGGAAGCUUGCAGGAAGGGUGGUGUUAUAACUAAAAGGUUUAAAUACAUCAUAUUAGAAAAAAAAAUCCCUAUGACUUAUACAAAGAAGCUAGAGGAGGAGGGGUGUAGAUCAAAAUAGAAUAUUAAUUUAGCAGAUAUAAAAGAAAAUCUCUGUGUUAUUACAGCAUAUUUCCAAAAGGAUUUUUUCUUUCUCCAAUUAGUGCAUACAUUUUAAUAAAAUAAAGGAACAGGUGAAGUGAGAAUUAGUUUCUAUAAUGACCGUAAGAAAAACUCCACUCUGUAGUUCCUGUGAGUUAAAAUUAGAACCUACAAAUGUGCACAAAAAGAAAUAAAAAUUACUAGUUAUUAUUUUGUUUAGUAUAGUUAAUAAGAAAAAUUACUAUAAAUCCAGAAGUCAAACCGACACCUGGAUCAUCUGAUGUAGAACAUAUUCUUAAAUUGAAUAUCAGUCUUAAAUUUUGCUAAAUUCUUAUCACCAUGACUUACUUUUGAUCAAUGAUGAAAUUGGGUUUUAUGCCAGGAGGCUAAAUUGAUACAGAAACAUGUAAAUUACUGUUAGUUAAAAUAUAUGUGCAUGUGUACUAAUUUCACGUAUAAAGGCAAUAUUCUCAAGAAAAAUUUGGUAGGAAGUAGUUUGGCACUUUGUGAUGUUGUACUGCAUCACCCUAAAGGAAGAAAUACUUAGAAGUGUCAUGUAGUUCUGCCUUAGCAGCCUUGUUCCCAUAAUAAUAGUAAUUUGGGACACUGCAAAUGUUGACCACAUUGUAAUGGUGAUAUCAGUUGCAUCCUCCAUUAAAACCAGUUCUUAUUCCAAGUCAGGAAGCCAGUGUGUUGAUUCCGUUGAUUGCUUGUUAUCACAAUAGCCACACACUCAGGAAAUGGGAGAAGUAACCCAAGGGAUGGGUUUGAGGCUGCUGCGGUGGGUAUGGGUCAUAACUCCAUUAAUCACCUGACUUCCAUAAGGCUCUGAACAAAUUAGUGAUGUUCUGGCUCACAGAAAUUAGAAUUCAAACCAAUUCCGUAAUCUCAAAAUGUCUAGGAAUUUUUGUCCCCCAUAACAUAUUUGCUGUGGUAAAUGGUCCCAGGUUCCUCUGGGGAAGGCUAAAAGGAAGAUAAAUAGUACAUACUUGUGUUGUUAACGGUAGGGUCCUUUCUCAAAAGGUUCUGGGUAUGUAAAUUGAAUCAGGUCUGGGAGUUGGGUGAGGGAUUGUGACUUCAAUAGUAGUUUAAGUCAGACCUAUACUUUUUGGUUACAAAGAUCAUGGGGGCCUCAUGCAUUUUGGUCCUAUGGAUCACAUGAUCAAUCAAUUAGCCACAGCCAGAAAUCCCUGUGUCAGACUAUACUGAUUACCCUGUAGGUCCUGCUGCCCAUUAUAGUAACCAUGCCCACAUUUCUAGUCUAGCAAUUAAAGUGAACUACUUUGUCUCUGACACACAGCAGUCUUGGCAAUGCCCAAUAAAUCAGGGAAGCCAUUUCAAAUGAAGCGCCUCACACUGACGUGUGUGGCCCGCAGACAUCCUGUGCAGCUUUCCAGGCACUGAUGCUCUCUGCUCACCAUUGUAUUUCUCAAUGGCCUGUAGAGAGUCGAUAGGGCUCUCACAAGGGAUAUCAGUUAGAGGAUAGUGAGCAGAUCACACAUAAUAAAUCCUCUCCAACAUUCCCCCUGCUAAGCCUUUGAUUUCCUUUCUCUGCAUUAUAGCAAGGAAAUUUCUAGCAUCUCACCUCCAGUUUAGAUGAGACACUGGUGAGUCGUUCUUUCAGUGAAGGAAACCAAGAACCACUCCUAGUGGUUCCAACUCACCCAGUCGCUCAAGGGAAAGACCUGGUGAUCUGCUUCUGGAAAGUCUACAGCCAGGAAAGCGCUAUAGGGCGGUUCUCUGUAACAUGGAGGCACUAUGAGUUGGAAUCAGCGAGACAGAACCAGCAACAGCAAAGCAGAGAUUGGUAUUUAAUGCUAUACACACAAUGAAAAAAAAUUUAUUUAGGAUUUAAAGGAAUUCUUUUGAAAGAAAUUUAGUGUAACUUGAGAACGCUGAAGAAAAUUUCUCUUCAGUUACGUUCUGAUAAAAUAAUCACAAUCAAUUUGACUGCAGUGACUAAUUGACUUACUAAAUCAAGUCUUGAUUAGAUAAAUUACAAAAUUUCUGGCUUCUAGCUUUAAAUUUCCAAAAGCACAAGCAACUAAGGGAGAAUUUUCUUGGCAGGAAGGAAAUUAAUAGCCAUAUUUUAAAAGGCCCUAAUUGUAUGCAACCUCCAUAGGCUGCUAUGAGUCGGACUUGACUCAGUGGCAAUGGUCUUGGUUUCGGUUUUUUUUUUUUUUUUUUUUGGUUUCCAUAGGCCUAGAGGAUGGACCAUCCGUGGCCCCAGAGGGCAGAGCAUCAAGCCACAGAGGAUUAUUCUUUGAGGUCUUGAAACCUAAUGGAAUUUGUCCUGCUGGGUUUCUAUUUGGUUGGGGCCAGUGACCCCUUUAUUUCUUCCAAUUUCACUGUUCUUGAAAUGGGAGUGUCAUCUUGUGCCUGCCCCACCACUGUAUUUUGGAAGCACGUACUUUUUCAGUUCACAUGUCCACAGAUGGAAAUAAAUUUUGGAUCAUACCAACUCUUACCCAUAACCAGUUCAGAUGAGAUUUGGGAUAUUUUGAGUUGAUGAUAUUUAGAUUAUAUAUCGGACUUAAAGUUGAUGCUAGAAUAGGUUAAGACUUUUGGAGAUGUUGUGGUUCGGAGCUGUUGAGCCGGUUCCGACCCAUAGCGAUCUCAUGUACAGCAACAAAACACUGCCCAGUCCUGCACCAUCCCCACAAUCAUUAUGCUUCAGCCCAUUGUUGGAGCCACUGUGUCAAUCCAUCGUGUCUUCCUCUUUUUUGCUGACCAAGCAUGAUCUUCUCCAGGGACUGGUCCCUCCUGAUAGCAUGUCCAAAGUAUAUGAGACUAAGUUUUCCCAUCCUUGCUUCUAAGGAACAUUCUGGCUGUAUUUCUUCCAAGACAGAUUUGUUCGUUUUUCUGGCAAUCUAUGAUAUAUUCAAUAUUCUUUGCAAACACUGUGAUUCAAAGGCAUCAGUUCUUUGGUUUCCUUAUUCAUUGUCCAGCUUUCACGUUGGAGUUAUUGGGAUGUGUUUAAAUAAAUGUAUUUUACACAUAGGAUAAAGUGAAUUCAGGGAGACCAGAAGGUGGACUGUUGAAUUAAAAAAAAAAAGAUAUGUCUACACAAGAACCUCAGAAUGUGACCUUAUUUGGACUAACGGUCUUUGCAGAUGUUAUUAAGGUAAGGAAUUUGAGAUGAGAUUAUCUGGGAUUCGGGAGGGCCCUAAAUCUAAUGAUGAGUCAAAGUUGUAAGAGACAGGGAAGGAGAUGACAUGGAAUAUACAGAGGGCAAAGCCACGUGAGGAUGGAGACAGAUAUUGCAGUGAUGUGUCCACAAGCUAAGGAAUCCCAAGAAUUGCCAGCAGUAACCAAAAGUUAGGACAGAGGCGUGGAACAAAUUCUCCUUCAGAGCCUCCAGGUGGAACAGCCCUGCCAACACCAAGUUCAGACUUCUGGCCUCAAAAACAGUAAAUUUCUGUAAUUUUAAGAAACGAAUAUUGUGGGAAUUUAUAACAGCAGCACUAGGAAACUCAUACAGGGGAAAACAUACAAUCACCAAGAAAGUAUGAAGUUAGCUUGAGACUUUUGGGUGAAUUUAUUAGUUUUCUACUAUUCCAAUUUUGUUGUAUUAAAUCUUUGGACCAUUUUUUGAUUGGGUUGGCUUUUAAUUGUAGGAGUUCUUUAUUCUGGAUAUUAAACCCUUAUCAGAUAUGUAUGAUUUCCAAAUGUUUUCUCCCAUUCUGUAGGUUGUCUUUUAAGUUUCUUGAUAAAUGUCCUUUGCUGUAAAAAAUUUUAUUUUGAUGAAGUCCAAUUUAUAUAUUUUUUCUUGCGUUGCUCCUUUUCGGUUUGUCAUAUCUAAGAAUCCAAUGCCAAGUAUAAUAAGGUCCUGAAGAUUUACCCCCAUUUUCUUCUAAGACUUUGAUGGUUUUAACUCUUGUAUUUUGGUCACUGAUCCAUUUUGAGUUAACUUUUAUAUAUGGUGUAAGGUGUGAGUCUAACUUCAUUCUUCUGCACAUGGAAAUCCAGUUAUCCCAGUGCCAUUUAUUGAAGCAACUAUUCUUUCUCCAUUGAAUAGACUUGGCACAGUUAUCAAAAAUCAACUGGCCAUAGCAUAUGGGUUUAUUUCUGGACUUCCAAUUCUAUUUCAUUGGCCUAUACAUCAGUCUUUAUACCAGUACCACACUGUUUGGAUUACUGGACCUUUGUAGUACAUAUUGAAAUCAGGAAGUGUGAGUCCUACUUUGUUCAUUUUAAAGAUUGUUUUGGCUAUCCAGGCCCUUUGCAAUUCCAUAUGAAUUUAAGGUUGACUUUUCCAUUUCUGCAAAAAAAAAAAAAAAAAGCUAUUGGAAUCUUGAUGGGGAUUGCAUUGAAUUUGUAGAUUGCUUGGGUUGUAGUGCCAUUUUAACAAUAUUGUCUUCCAAUCCAUAAGCACAGGAUGUCCUUCCAUUUAUUUUUCUUUUUUUCAGCAGUUUUAUAGUUUCAGAAUACAAGUCUUUAACCUCUUUGGUUAAAUACUUACCUAUUUUAUUUUAGCUGCUAUGGUAAUUACAAUUGUUUUCUCAGUUUCCUUUUCAGACUGUUUAUUGAUGGUGUAUAGAAACACAACUGAUUUUUAAUCUUGUGUCCUGCAAGGUGGCUGGAUUUAUUAGCUUUACCUUUCUUUUGGGAUUUUGGAUACACAGAAUCUUGUUAUCUUGCAUAGAGAUGGUUUUACUUCUUCCCUCCUGACCUGGAUGCCUCUCUAAUUGCUCUACCUAGAACUUCCAGCCCCCACAUAUCUGUCAGCUUGUACUGUGCAGGCUUGAGUGUUGCUGUGAUGCUGGAAGCUGUGCCACCGGUAUUCAGAUACCAGCAGGGUCACCCAUGGCGGACAGGUUUCAGCUGAGCUUCCAGACUAACCAGACUAGGAAGAAGGACUCGGCAGUCUACUUCUGAAAAGAAUUAGCCAGUGAAAACCUUAUGAGUAGCAGCGGAACAUUGCCUGAUAAAGUGCCAGAUGCUGAGCCCCUCAGGUUGGAAGGCACGCAAAAGACAACUGGGGAAGAGCUGCCUCUUCAAAGUAGGGUCAACCUUAAUGACGUGGAUGCAGGCAAGCUUUCAGGACCUUCAUUUGCUGAUGUGGUAUCACUCAAAAUGAGAAAAUACAGCUGCAAACAUCCAUUAACAAGUGGAACAUGGAAUAUACAAAGUAUGAAUCUAGGAAAAUGGGAAAUCGUCAAAAAUGAAAUGGAAUGCAUAAAUAUUGAUAUCCUAGGCAUUAGUGAGCUGAAAUGGACUGGUAUUGGCCACUUGGAAUCAGACAGUUAUAUGGUCUACUAUGCCAGGAAUGACAACUUCAAGAGGAAUGGCGUUGCAUACAUCAUCAAAAAGAACAUAUUCAAGAUCUAUCCUGAAGUACAACGCUGUCAGUGAUAGGAUAAUAUCCAUACACGUACAAGGAAGACCAGUUAAUAUGACUAUUAUUCAAAUUUAGGCAUCAAGCACAAAGGCCAAAGAUGAAGAAAUUGAAGAUUUUUACCAGCUUCUGCAGUCUGAAAUUGAUCAAACAUGCAAUCAGGAUGCAUUGAUAAUUACUGGUGAUUGGAAUGCAAAAGUUGGAAACAAGAAGAAUUGGUAGUAGGAAAAUCUGGCCUUGGUGAUAGAAAUGAUGACAGAGAUCACAUGAUUCAAUUUCGCAAGACCAACAACUUCAUUACAAAUAACUUUUUUCACCAACAUGAACGGCAAACUCUACACACAGACCUGGCCAGAUGGAAUACACAGGAAUCAAACCAACUUCAUCUGUGGGAAGAGAUGAAAAGCUCAAUAUCAUCAGUCAGAACAAGGCCAGGGGUCGACUGUGGAACAGACCAUCCAUUGCUUGUAUGCAAGUUCAAAUUGAAACUGAAGAAAAUUAGAACAGGUCCACAAGAGCCAAAGUACAACCUUGACUAUAUCCUGCCUGAAUUUAGACGUCAUCUCAAGAAUAGAUUUGAUGCAUUGAACACUAAUGACCAAAGACCAGACUAGUUGUGGAAUGACAUCAAGGACAUCAUACAUGAAGAAAGCAAGAGGUCAUUAAAAAAACAGGAAAGAAAGAAAAGACCAAAAUCGAUGUCAGAAGAGAUACUGAAACUUGCUUUUGAAUGUCAAGUAGCUAAAGCAAAAUGAAGAAAUGAUAAAGUAAAAGAACUGAACAAAAGAUUUCAAAGGCAGCUCAAGAAGACAAAGUCAUUAUAAUGACAUGUGCAUAAAAAAAAAAGGGAAGAACACACUCGACAUUUCUCAGGUUGAACUGAAGAAAAAAUUCAAGCCUCAAGUCGCAAUAAUGAAGGAUUCUAUGGGGAAAAUAUUAAACGACUCAGGAAGCAUCAGAAGAAGAUGGAAGGAAUACACAGUCAUUAUACCAAAAAGAAUUGGUUGACAGUCAACCAUUUCAAGAAGUACCGUCUAAUCAAGAACUGAUGGUACUGAAGAAAGAAGUCCAAGCUGCACUGAAGGCAUUGGUAAAAAACGAGGCUCUAGGAAUUGACGGAAUAUCAACUGAGAUGUUUCAACAAACAGAUGCAGCACUGGAAGCGCUCACUUGUCUAUGCCUAGAAAUUUGGAAGACAGCCACCUAGCCAGCCAACUAGAAGAGAUCCAUAUUUAUGUCUAUUCCCAAGAAAGGUGAUCCAGCUGAAUGCGGAAAUUAUUGAACAGUAUCGUUAACAUCACACACAAGUAAAAUUUUGCUGAAGAUCAUUCAAAAGCAGCUGCAGCAAUGUAUCAACAGGGAACUGCCAGAAAGCCAAGCUGGAUUCAGGAGAGGAUGUGGAACCAGGGAUAUCAUUGCUGAUGUCAGAUGGAUCCUGACUGAAACCAGACAAUACCAGAAAGAUGUUUACCGGUGUUUUAUUGACUAUGCAAAGGCAUUCGAAUGUGUGGAUCAUAACAAAUUAUGGAUACCAUUGCAAAGAAUGGGAAUUCCAGAACACUUAAUUGUGCUCAUAGAUCAAGAGGCAGUUGUUGGGACGAAAACAAGGGGAUACUGAGUGGUUUAAAGUCAGGUAACGUGGACAUCAGGGUUGUAUUCUUUCACCAUAGCUAAAGCUAUCCAAUCUGUAUGCUGAGCAAAUAUUCUGAGAACCUGGACUGUAUGAAGAAGAAUGGAGCAUCAGGACUGGAGGAAGACUCAUUAAAAACCUCUGUUAUGCAGGUGACACAACCUUGCUUGCUGAAAGUGAAGAGGACUUGAAGCACUUACUGAUGAAGAUCAGAGACCACAGCCUUCAGUAUGGAUUACACCUCAACAUAAAGAAAACAGAAAUCCUCACAACUGGACCAGUAAGCAACAUCAUGAUAGAGAAAAGACUGAAGUUGUCAAGGCUUUCAUUUUACUUGGAUCCACAAUUAACACCCAUGGAAGCAGCAGCCAAGAAAUCAAAAGACAUGUUGCAUUGGGCAAAUCUGCUGCAAAGGACCUCUUUAAAAUGUCGAAAAGCAAAGAUGUCACCUUGAAGACUAAGGUGCACGUGACCCAAGCCAUGGUAUUUUCAGUCACAUCAUAUGCAUGCAAAAGCUGGACAAUGAGUAAGGAAGACCAAAGAAUUGACACCUUUGAAUUGUGGCAUUGGUGUGCAUAUUGAAUAUACCGUGGACUGCCAAAGGAAUGAACAAAUCUGUCUUGGAGGAAGUACAACUAGAAUGCUCCUUGGCAAGACUGCAUCUUACAUACUUUGGACAUGUUGUCCUGCAAUAAGAAGGGAUCAGUCCCUGGAGAAGGACGUCAUUCUUGGUAAAGUACAGGGUCAGCGGAGUAGAGGAAGACCCUCAAUGAGAUGGAUUGACGCAGUGGCUGCAACAAUGGGCUCAAGCAUAACGAUUGUGAGCAUGGCACAGGACCGGCAGUGUUUCAUUCUGUGGUACAUAGGGUCACUAUGAUUUGGAGCUGACUCAAUGGCACCUAACAACAAUAAAACUUGGAGUAUAAUCCUAAGUGCUUAGCAGUGGUGAAAGCAGGCAUCCUUGUCUUAUUCCUGAUCUUGAGGAAAAGCUUUCAGUCUUUCACCACUAAGAUGUUAGCUGUAGGUUUUUCGUGAAUGGUUUUUCAUGUUGAGGAAUUUCUCUUCUAGUCCAUUUUUAAUUUAUUAUACACAGUAAGAUGUACAGCAAUUCAACAGUUUCUACAUGUAAAAUUCAGUGACAUUGAUUGCAUUCAAGUUUUGCAACCAUUCUCACCCUUGAGUUGUGCCUCCCUCAUUAACAUAAAUUCACUGCCCCAGAAGGUUCCUAAUUUUUGGAGUUGCUCUUGUCAGUUUGAUCCCAUAGUUCUUAAAAGAACAUAAUGCUCAAGGCAGACAUUUUUUAGUAGUUAAGCUAAAUUAUUGUUUGGUUUUUGGAAGACUUCAGGAGUUAUUUUUGGUUUAAGAUUUAAAGAUUACCUCAGGGCAAUAGUUUCAGGGGUUCAUCCAGCCUCCCUGGCUCCAGAAAGUCUGGAGUCCAUGAAACUUUGAAAUUCUGUUCUGCAUUUUUCCCCUUUUUUAUCAUGAUUUUUUUAUAGAAUAUUUGAUCCAAAUGUUCAGUAAUGGUAGCUGGGCACCAUCCAACUCUUCUGGUCUCAUGGCAAAGAAGGUGGUUGUUCAUGGAGAAUAUUAGCCACACACUCCAUAUCCUCCUUUUGUUUCUGACUCUCCUUCUGUUGCUCCAAGUGAAUAGAGACCAGUUGUUGUGCCUUGUUAAGAUCCCAGGCACUAUAUGAUGAAGUAGGUGGUAGAACAGAAGCACUGAACACGUUACUAGACCAAUUAACUGAGAUGUCUCAUGAAACCAUGACCCUAAACCUCCAAAACAAGGAACUAAAUCCUAUGAGGUUUUGGUUGUACACAGCAGCCUCAACAGUUUUUUUUUGUUUUGUUUUGUCUUUGUUGUAAAUAUAUCUACCACACUACUUUUGCCAAUUCGACUUUUUAUAGGUACGUAACUUAUUGACAGCAAUUACAAUAAUAGGCAACCCUACCCUUAAAAUGUGAUUUUUCCAUCACCGUUAACCUCCCUUCCUAUUUCCCUCCCUCCUGCGCCUGGUAACCACUAAUAAACUUUGGCCUCUAUACAUUUGCCUUUUUUUGUGUGUGAGAUCAUACAAUAUUUGUCCUUUUGUAACUGACUUCACUUAGCAUAAUGUCCUCCAGCUCCACCUGUAUUCUAUCAAGUAUCAAGAUGUAAUUUCUCCUACUGGCUUAGUAUUCCAUUGUAUGUUUAUACCAUAUUUUGUUUAUCCACUCAUCUGCUGAUUGCCAUUCAGGUUGUUUCCACCUGUUGGCUAUUGUCAAUAGUGCUGCAGUGAACCCUGGUAUACAAGUCUCUUUUUGAGCUCUCUGCUUUCAAGUCUUUUGGGUGUAUUAUACCUAGGAGUAGAGUUGCUAGAUCAUAUGGUAGCUCUCUUUUUAGUUUUCUGAGAAACCCCAAACAAAAUUUCCAACAACGGCUGUACCAUUUUGCAUUCCCACUAGCAAUGGAAAAGGGUUCCAAUUUCCCCACAUCCUUGCUAAUAUUUGUUAUUGUAUUUAAUUUUGGCCAUCCUAGUGGGAGUGAAAUGAUAGCGCAUUGUGGUUUUGAUUUGCAGCUGAUAGCUGAUGACAUUGAGUAUCUUUUCAUGUGUUUGGUGGCCAUUUGAAUGUCCUGUUUGGUGAAAUGUCUACUCAAGUCCUUUUCCCAUUUUAUGACUGGGUUGUUUUUUUGUUAAGUUGCCAAAGUUUCUAUUGUCUUUUUGUUAAGUUGCCAAAGUUUCUAUUCCUAAUUUGAUGAGCAUUUUUAUCACAAAAAGGUGUUUUUGUUUCAACUGAGAUGAUCAUGUUUUUCUUUGUUCUAGUGAUGUUAUAUAAGACGUUCAUUGAUUUUUCUUAGAUCAAACCACCCUUGCAUUCCUGGGGUAAAUCCCACAAAAAAACCCAAACCCGCUGCCUUAGAGUCGAUUCCGACUCAUAGCGACGCUACAGGACAGAGUAGAACUGCCCCCAUAGUGUUUCCAGGGAGCGCCUGGUGGAUGUGAACUGCCGACCUUUUGGUUAAAAGCUGUAACACUUAACCACUAUGCCACCAGGGUUUCGAUUAAGGGAUACUGGUCUGUAAUUCUGCUUGCUUGGGGGUAUCUUUAACUGGCUUUGGCUUCCAAGUAAUGCUCGUCUCAUUGAGGGAGUUAGGUAGUGUUCCCCUCUCUAAUGGGAAUGCAAUGAGAAUUUGAAAAGAGAUGGCUUUUUCCAUUUGGCAUUUCAGUUAUUUUGGGUUUAGUUACUAAAAUCACAACUCUGAGCCUCAGUUUUCUCAAGUGUACAAGGAAUUGCCUUUCUGAAACAAUUUAGAGGAUUAAAAAUGAGAAUGUAUCCAAAAGUCUGCUAUCACAAUGUCUCACCAUGUUUGGUAAGCCUUUUGCUCCUAGGUUGAGAUGGUGGUUAGAGAAGUUACCUAGAUAAUACUUUAAGAACAGUUAAAACUGUGAGUGGUAGUGAUGAUAAACAGUCUCCCCACCCCACCCCCCAAAACAAAGAACACAAUACACUCAAUGAUCUAUCAAAUACCUAUAUUAUAUUCUGCAAAGGAUUACAUAUCCAAUGAAUUCACUAAUGAUACAAAGAGUUUUCAUCCUCCCAUACUGACAGAUAAGCACACGUUCUCUAAGCACAAAGCUUAUAUUCACAAAUAAUUUGUUUAAAGACAAAACUUCAGUUAAUAAUCACAAUGGGAAUUUGUUAUUUAAUGCAAUCACUAGUCUAAUAUGUUGCCAAUAAAAUGUAAGCAGUUAUAUCACAAAACCAGGAUUAUAUUCAGUGGACAUGCAUUAAUAACCUAUACAAUUUAACAUUACACCAAAAAAGAAAUUGAAUACAAAAUUUCCUGUAAUUUUUGGUGAUUUUGAAAUUUUGUGGUAUAGAUUACCAAAAAAACUGUAAAAACAGAUUUUAAAUAUCUUCAAUAAAAUGGUAAAAAAUUUAAUAAGUCUUUGAAGUUUUCAUACUGGGCUGAAGAUUUAAAACAUCAAGCUGGCCCCACGGUGUCAAAAUUGACAGAUAAAUAUUUACAAUGACUAGACAGGCUUUAGUUACAAUGGUGCUGGAGGACUACUUCCUCCUAUCAAAAACCCUUUGGGGGUUAAUUUCUAAUGCAAACAUGUCUUUGUAAAUACUGUGAGAAUACAAACUUGGAAACAUACAGAUAAUCAGGACAGGGAUGACAAGUAAUACACAAGUCCAUCUUAUUUGUGACCUGUCAAAAUAAAGCCUUCCGGCUCCCAAACACCUAACACUACCCCCUCAAGUAUUAAAGUAAAUCAACAGGAGAAGAAUGAUGUUAGUAGCUGGCAUUCUUCUACAAAAUUAUUUUUCACUACACACCAAGGCAGGACUCAAGCUCUGUGAACCUCCUUCUCUAGUGUGUAAUUAGCAGAGCACCAAAUUUAUAAGCUGACAUUAGCAACCCAAAAUGUUAAACACGUUUUUCAUACAGAAGCAAACUUUUUUUUCCAUUGUUAGUUCUAUGUGCCACAUUACAGUUGGAACUUACGUGGCUACCAAUAAGAAAAGAGUUAGGGAAGCUUUGAACGUAUUUUGUACUUUUCAUCAGGCUAAAGUGCAAAAUAUCUCCAUAUCUCUCUGGUAUUUCAAGAGGCAAAAAUAUCAAACACACAUAAUAAAGAAACUGAAGUGACAACAGAACUAAUACCAAACAAACAAAAAAAAAAAAGACCUCUUUAAAUAUACAUUUGAAGACUAC